AUGCCGGGGUUUAAGGAUGGAAAUGUUGUAUCAAUGGAGCUGGAGAACUUUCAAACAUUUAGGAAGAUAUCUCUUAAGUUCUGUCCGUCUUUUAAUUUUAUAGCGGGACCCAACGGAUCUGGAAAGAGUAGUAUAGCGAAUGCAAUGGUCCUUGCGUUUGGGGGAACACCUCGGAUAAUAGGUAGAGGAAAAAGCAUAGGAGAGUAUGUGAAGUUUGGAGAGAAUGAAGCAAGAAUAAAAGUGGUUGUAUGGAUUGAGGGGAGAGAAACCAAGAUUAGUAGACAUAUAUCCAAGGAUAAUCAAAGCAAAUAUUUUAUUGAUGGAAAGGCAUGCAGAAAAAUGGAGUACGAAGAACUUAUAGGAAGACUUAAGGAGAACAUAGGAAAUUUAUGUCAAUUUCUUCCCCAAGAGAAGGUUUCAGAGUUUACAAGGCUUUCCCCAGAAGAUCUUUUAGUAGAAUUACUGCGGGCAGUGGGGGAGGAAGAGAUUGUGGAGAAAUUGGGAAGGUUAGAGGAGUUAGAAACAGGAAGAAACAAGUUGAUAGAUAUGCUUGACUCAUGCGUCCGAAAAAAAGAAUGCGUGAAAAGAGCAAUAGAAGUGCUAGAAAAAGACGUUGAAAAGGCCAGUGAAAAGAAAAGAAAGGAGGAAAGGAUAAGAAUGAUGUAUGAAAAGCAGGACUGGAUUCGCUAUAAGUUUUAUACGGAUGAAUAUGCCAGCAUUAAGAAAGAUAUAAGUUCAUUGAAGAAGCAAGUUGAAGAGAAAAAAGAAGAGAGUUUGAAGAUUGAAAAUAAAAUAAUGGAGCUAAGAUCGUCAGAAAUUUACAGUGAAAGCGAUAGGUUAUGCAACAUUCUUGGAGAGUACGAUGAAAAUUUAGUUCAUCUGGUUGAAAGACUUCGAAGUGUUCAGCAGGAAACUGAAAUACUGAAGGUAGACGAAGAAUCGCUCAAAAACAAAAAGGAGAAAAGAACAGUAAAUGCAGAAAGGCUGGAAAAGGAGAUUUUAGGUCUUCAAGAUGAAAUUUCCAAGGUGGAAGUUCCUCCACAGCCUCCAAAACUGGACGAGGCUAGAAUUGGGGUUCUAGAAGAGAAAAUGUCCAACCUAAUGAGAAUAAGAGGGAAAAUCCAGCACGAGUCUUCUGAGCUGAAGAAACUGGUGGAUGACCUUAGUCUAAAAAAGAAGAAGUUCCACGAGAUGGAUGAAAUGAGGCUUCAAAUGCUUAGAAGAUAUCAUGAUGACACAUACAAGGCUGUAUGCUGGCUUCGAGAAAACAAACAUCUAUUCAAGGAUGAAAUAAUAGAGCCACCAUUUGUUCAACUAAGGAUAAAGGAUGCUAGAUACUCUCUUGAAGUUGAAAACUUUCUAGGGUUCCAGUCGCUGUCACCGUUUAUUUGCAAGUCAGGAAAGGACUUUGAAACCUUUGUUCGAAUUAUGAAGGAUGAAAAGAAGUGGAUGAUUAAUGCCAUUGAAGCUAUCAAGAUGAAUGAAGGACUUCAUAAAGGAGAAGAAAGUGUUCCUAGGGAGACAUUGAAAGAGUUAGGCUUUGAAGGAGUGCUAAGUGAUUUUAUAGAAUGUAGAGAGGAAAUUAUGAAUUACUUGAUAGUGGCUGGGCAUUUUGAUCAGAUCCCUGUUUCAAAGGAAAAUGUUGAUGAGGGCCUAGUAUUCAGAAAAACGAAUGUAAAAAAGAUGGCAGCAGGAGGAAGAUACAUUGAAAUCAAGAAGAGUAGAUAUGGUUCAGAGCAUGCCAUUAUUUACAAUCCUCUAAAGCCACGGAAUUUGUUCUCGGAGAGCCUGUCUCUCCAAGAGCUGGAGACUAUUGAAGAAGAAUUGUCAAAAAAGAACUCGACAAGACGAGAGAACGAAGAAAAGCUAAGGGAGAUUUUGAAAGAUGGGGAAGUCAUUGACAAGGAACUUCAGGGACUUUAUAAAGAAAGAAGUUGGUACAAUUCUCAAAUGAUGGAAAUAAAAAGAAAGGAGACACAAAUUCGGGUCUUAAAGGGAUCAAUAGACAGAAAAGGGCUUGAGCUAAAAAUGCUUUUGGAUGCAAAGGGCCUGGACGAGGAAGAGGACCGAAUAAAGGAGGCUAGAAGAGUGUUAGAAGUUAAAUGGAAAAAGGAAUGUGAUAAGCUUAGCGAAUAUCUUUCAGAGAAGGAAUAUUUCGAUGUGUUUCGUACUGCAGCCAAGCUGUUUAGAGAGAUUACGAACAUUAAGAAGGAUAUUGAACUUUUCUCGGAAUCCAAGAAGACGCUAGAGGAAAUAAGUGAAGAAUUAGAAAAGAAAAUAAUCGAAAAAAAGAAAGAGAACUUUAAACUUAAAAAAGCAAUAGGGGAGAAGAAGGAACGGCUCGAAAAGAUAGAGAAAACAGAGGAAUAUGAUAAAGCUCUGAGCCUACUUCCAAGUACAAUGGAUGAGCUUGAUGAGGAAAUAAUUAAGGAAAAGGCCCAGCUAAGGUUUUAUAAUAUUGAUCAUAAAGCUCUGGGAGAAUUUGAGAUCAGAGAACAGGAUGUAAAAGAUCUUGAGGAAAAUAUCUCCGAGUAUUCUAAGGAGUUGGAACGUACUGAAAAAGAAGGGACAAAUAUAAGGAGCAUUCUUGUUAGCAGGAUUGAGGAAAUGGUAUCCAGAAUAGAUGAACAGUUCAAAAAUUUAUUUAGAAAGGCCGGAGGAGAUGGGAAGAUUGUAUUUGUUCACGAAGGACUUGAUGCUUGCAAGUGGAGGCUCAACAUAAUGGUCAAAUUCCGUGAAAGUGACGAUUUUGAAGUCUUAAACUCCCACAGACAGAGUGGGGGUGAAAGGUCGGUUUCCAUCAUCUUGUUUUUGCUAGCCAUUCAGAAUUAUAGACCUUCCCCAUUUCGUCUUGUAGAUGAAAUAAACCAAGGAAUGGACAAGGAGAAUGAAAAAUUAGUCCAUGACAUUUUGGUUGCACUUAGUAAAGAAGGUAAAGAGCAAUUUUUUAUGAUUACACCAAAAAUAGCACCCAACCUGAGCUAUAGUCGAAAUAUGAAGGUGAUUGUGCUUUAUUCUUCCCCAGGCUGCGGAGACCAAGAAGACUUUGUAAAAUACAGGUUAAAAGUACUUACAUAG